AUGUACAAAUGGAAUAGUUGUGCGGAUUCUACAUAUGCUUAUGGUAAUGAAAUAUGUCGAUGGUUAUCAUUGCCAAUAUACGAUUCAAAACAACCACAACGAAUCGAUAUUUUAAAUGAUAGAAAAAUUAUACAAAUUGAUUCGGGUUUUAUGUUUGUUGUUAUUUUAACUGAUGAUGGUCUUGUUUAUCUAGCAAGUGGUGAUUCAAAAUGGAAAACAAACAAUACAUUACGAUUAAUUUCAAAUGGUAAUGAUCGUUAUGAAAUGAUAGCAUGUGGACAAUAUUUUCUUUUACUAUUACGACAAGAUGGUAUUGUUUUUGCAAUGGGUAAUAAUAAAAGUGGACAAUUAACUGCAUGUGGUGGUGAACAUAGUUUGGCGCUUACAAAUACAAAUCAAAUUUAUUCAUGGGGUUGUAAUAAAUAUGGACAAUUAGGUUUAGGUGAUCAAAAUAAUCGAACAAAACCAACAUUGAUUUCAUUUUCAAAUGAUUUAAUCGAAAAUUUGGUUGCCGGUGUAUGGCAUACAUUAAUUUUAUUAAAAAAUGGUCAAUGUUUUGGUUGUGGUUAUUAUUGUUGUUGUUGUUUAAAUGAUGAUAAUUUUCAACAAAAAUAUUCAAAUAUAUUGAUAAAAAUUCCAAUUGAAAAUAUACAAAAUAUUGCCUGUACAAAUUAUCAUACAUUUUCAUUGGCAUUUGAUCGAUCAUCAUCAUCAUCAUAUUAUGUAUGGGGUAAAAUAGAAGAUGAAGAAUUAUUAAAACCGGAAAAAAUAUUAGAUCGACCAAAAUCAUUUGCAGCUGCAACGGCAAUAUUAUUUCAAUUACGAAUAACAUAUGGCCUAACAUCGGCCAUUCAUGUUUAUGAAUCAAAUGAUUCAAUAUCGAUUAUUGAAUUAUUUGAUAAUCCAGAUAAUUAUGAUGUUGAAUUUAUUGUUGAUAAUAAACGUAUAUUAGCUUGUAAAUGUUAUCUAAAAAUUACCAUAGAAUAUUAUAAUCGUAUGUUUUCUGGUCAUUGGAAAGAAAAUAGCCGUGUUAUUAUUUAUGAUUAUAGUUAUGAUACAUAUUAUGCAUAUUUACGUAUGUUACAUAAUGGUAGAAUCGGUAUAAAACAAUCAAAUAUUAUUGAACUUAUUGAUUUGGCAAAUUGUUAUGGUGAUGAACGAUUAAUCAGACAUUGUCGUACAUUUAUAAGAAAAAAUUUAAAUGAACAAACAUUAUUUACAUAUUUACCAUUGAUUAAUAAAUUUGAAAUUAAUGAUAUGCAUGAUAAACUAAUUGAAUUAACUAUUGAAGAUAUUUUACCUAAAAUUACAAAUAAUUUUUUAAAAAAUCAAGAAAUUAUUACAAAAUUUUUAUUAUGGUUUUCUGAACAAAAAUCUUCUGAUUAAAUUGAAUUUGAAAAAAAAUGAAACAAAAUUACAAAAUAUACAAAUUUCUGUAAAAAAGUCCAAUCUGUCUA